AUGCUUCUCUCAUCUUUCGACCUUGUCAAGACAAUCUUUCUCAUUGGCCUGGCCAAGCAAGCAGCAUCACAAUUACCAAACAACAGACGACAAGAUUUUUUAGAGCUACGCAAAUAUGGAAUCAAAGUCGAAACUAUUACCAUGCAUACGCAUUUUUCCGUUUUCGCUCCGCUCGAUUGGAACUGCGUCAUGAUCUCAGUAGAAGUUAACCCCGCAUUUCACAUUAAACGAGAAACGAAAGGAGAGAUGACGGUGAAUUCCGUGUGCUGCAAAUAUUUGCAUGAUUCGAAAAGAUCCUUGUGUUAUAUGCACGGGAUCGAUUUCCGUUCGAUUACCCACGACAACUGCGAGGUGGGCUGGGAUGGCGGUUCAAAAUAUGUCACACUCACAGAGCAGGAUCACAGUUAUGAAAAUGGGGUCAAGGUAGCCGGAAAGAUGUUUUGGACUCUUGCGGGGCUGGCAGGGAUGGAGGAUAUUUGGAGCAUCAUGGAGGAUUUUCAACCACGAUCAACUCUGUACAUGGAUUUCUACUUUAUCAACCACACUCUUUCUUGA